AAUAACACAGUGUAUUAGAAACUAGUAAACUUGAUAAAUCUAUAAAUGCUGAUGGAUAGAAAUAAAUAAAUAAUUAUGUUGUACUAAAUUUAUUAGGAAAAGGAAGUUUUGGAAAAGUAAAGAUGGUUUUAAAUACACAAAAUAAAUAAAAAUUUGCCUUGAAAAUUAUCAAUAGAAAUAAAUUGAAAAGAAAAAUGUUAGAUAGAAAUAAAAGCGCUUAUACAUUGAUAGAAAAAGAGGUUGCUAUUCUAAAAAGAAUGGCUCAUCCUAAUAUUGCUAAACUUUAUGAAGUUAUAGACGAUUAGGAUUAAGAAAAAAUUUAUUUGGUAAUAGAUUUAGUCAAAAAAGGAAGUUUAAAUUCAAAAAACUAUUGGAAAAAUGAAAAAGGGAAAAAAUAUAAUGAAAACGAAAAAUAUUUUAUUCCUAUAGAUAGAGUAAGAAAAUAUUUUCGUGAUUUUGUCUUAGGAUUAGACUACUUACAUAAUUUUGCUAAUGUAAUACAUAGAGAUAUUAAACCUGAUAAUUUAUUAAUAAGUGAAAAUGAUGAACUUAAAAUAGCAGAUUUUGGAGUAUCUUCAAUGUUUGAAGGCGGUGAUGAUAAAUUAUCUAAUGAUCAUGGUACUAAAUGCUAUUUAGCACCUGAAAUAUGGAAAGGAGAAGAUUUUAAAGGAAGACCUACUGAUAUUUGGGCUGCUGGAGUUACUUUUUAUGAAAUUAUUGUAGGCGAAAGACCAUUUUAAGGUAGAAAAAAUGAAGAAUUAAAAAAAAAUAUUUUAGAAUCUGAAGUAUAAUAUCCUCAAGAUAUGGACGAAAAUCUUAAAAAUAUGCUUAAAAAAUGUCUUAUUAAAAAUCCAGACCAAAGAUAUACCAUAGAAAACUUAAUGACAGAUGCAUGGGUAACUAAUAAUGGUGUAGAAAAAUUGGAUUUCAUUAUUUAAGAAAAUAAAUAAUUAGAAGUUAAUGAAAAUGAUAUUGGAAAUGCACUUACAAAGCAAGUUAAAAAUAGACGUGUUUCUAUUAAGGCUUAAUUAAUAACUCAUUCAAAUUUAUAAAGAUUAAAUGUUAAACAUUAUUGA